GGAUCGUAUGAGAAGUGGCCGAAAUGAUAUGGAACGCGGGGGGAAUGGUUUCGCUGGUGGGCGAAACAUCAUGGACAAAAAGUUUGGUGACCGCCAGAACAUUGGUGAAUCUCUGUUGUUCGCAGCUUUCUUAAAGAUGAACUUUCCGUCAGCUUUUAAAAGGCUAGGACUCGAAAAGAAGAUGGAAAGGGCUAGAAAACUUGAUAGAUGGUGAAUGUGUAGCACGCGCUAUACUUUUUGAUAUCCUCGAUCCUAAUGUGACAU